UAAACAACCCAACGUUCUUCAUUGUUUGCGUGUAUUCUCUUCUAUUUCCGUUCCUGUUUUCUCUCUCCUUUCCCUUUAUCUAAGAGGAGAGAGAAACUAUAGGACCCUCUAAGCGUGCAAAUAAAAGACUUAAAGCAAACCAAAACAAAACCAUUUCACAAUCUCUUGCUACUAUUAUUAUUAUCACUCUCUCUCUUUGCUCUAUAAUAUUUCUACUUUCUCACUCUUUCAUUGUAGAAUCUUUCUCUCUCUAACACUCUCUUGUUCUUUUUUCGCAUAAGGGUUUAUUUUCUUUCUCUAGUGAUGAAUGAAAUGUCAAGAAAUGAGAGAGAAUCUUCAGAAGAAAGAAAGCUAGAACUAAGGCUUGCUCCACCUGGUGUUGAAAACUGGUUUCACACCACCAACAACAACAAACAAAGAGAUCUUGAUAAUCAUGACUCUAAACUCUCUCUUGGCAGUAAUUACUUUUCAACAAACAAUACAUCAUUUCUUCACUUUCCAUCAAACCAACAUGUGAGAGGCAAAGAAUCUUCAUCAUCACAAGCCUCUUGUCCUAAGCUAGUAGAGUUACAGAAUGGUGAUAAUAACAAAGUUACAGCUGUUUCCAACACUUCUCAGAAAAGAACUGCUCCUGGGCCAGUAGUAGGUUGGCCACCAAUUCGUUCAUUCAGGAAAAAUCUUGCAACAACAAGCAGCAAUUCUAAACCAACAUCACAAACUGAAUCUCAGACACAACAUCACAACAAGGUUGUUGCUGGUAAAAAACCUAUUGACAACAACUAUGGUAAAGGGCUGUUUGUUAAAAUCAACAUGGAUGGUGUUCCUAUUGGUAGAAAAGUUGAUCUCAAAGCUUAUCAUAGCUAUGAAAAUCUCUCUAUAGCUGUGGAUGAACUCUUUAGAGGACUCCUUAAAGCUCAAGGAGAUUCUUGUGGAAGUAAGAAAAAUGAAGAUGAAGAAAAAGUGAUAAGUGGAAUAUUGGAUGGAAGUGGAGAAUAUACUCUUGUAUAUGAGGAUAAUGAAGGAGACAGGAUGCUUGUUGGUGAUGUCCCAUGGCAUAUGUUUGUAUCAACAGUGAAGAGGCUUCGAGUAUUGAAGAGUACAGAGCUUUCUGCAUUUACACUUGGGACUACUAAGCAAGAGAAGAUAUGUACUUGAUUUGGCAAUGGAAUGAAAGUGUAUGAUUAUGAAUGUUUUUUUUUUAAAUGAAGAUUUGAAAUGUUUAUGGGUUUUGUAUAAAUAGGGAAGUACAACUUCACGAAUGUGUGUACUAAUGAUUUACUGUGUAGUAACUGUUAGUAACUUGUUUUGGUUUGAAUUUUGAAGUCAAUUUUGUA